AUGUUGUGCAUACGAAUUACUAGCACAAAUAGGCCACAAUGCCACAAUCCUGAUGUUCCUUCCCAGGAUUGGCACGCGACAGCAACCCAGGCUGGUGAUGCGAUCUUGACGGUGAAUCCAAAUUUGUUGAUCAUAGUAGGUGGACUCAGCUACGGCAAGGAUUUGACGGGUGUUUUCAGGCUGCCUGUCCGCCUGAAGCACGCUGACAAACUCGUGUACAGUGCCCACAGCUACUCCUGGUCAUAUCCUGGGCUACCAGAUACCUACAAGGCUCUGCAUGACCAACUGGGCAAAGACUGGGGCUUCAUCGUGGAAGAGAACCAGCCGUAUACGGCUCCAGUGUGGGUCAGUGAGUUUGGCACCUUUAGUGAUUGCCACAAGGACUCGUGCGCCAACUGGUGGCCUGACUUUCUGCAAUACCUCUUGCAGGGAGACUUUGAUUGGGCCGUUUGGCAUGCUGACGGCACCUGGAGCCGUGAUGAUGUUCAUCCCUUCCAUGGCCCAACGAAUUAUGGUGUGCUAGCGGCUGACUGGAAGACCCCGGCAGCGGAUGGGGAACUCCUAACAGCCCUGAAGACAAUCCAGGCACCAUCAACAGGGCCAGGCAUGCACUCCAUGGCCCCGAAAUGUAAUCAACACUGCGCCGAUACCUGGGACGCAGGCUGGAGCAAUGGUCGGAAGGGUGCUGCAGCUUGCGCGCCCUGCUUGCGAAAUCGACCAUGCCGUGGGAAUCUCUCGGUGGAGGAGUGGUGCAACAACGGCUGGGCCAAAGUCAGUUGCGGCUGGACGUGCUGUCGAGCUGGCCUCCUUAGUCUUGAAACCUGCGCAGAGUCACACUGCCAGCGCUGGUACAAGGACAGCUACAGACCCUCAUGGCCCAGUGGCGACACUGGUACAGUUGCCUGUCUACAUUGUCUUCACGAUGAUCACUGUCGUGACCACCAAGCCCAGUCCACCUGGUGUUCCAGUUCAUGGGCAGCUGAACACUGCCAGUUGACCUGCUGCAUGUCUGGCUUCCUGACUCAUGUUUUUUUCGCUGCGCUUUGGGCUGGGGUUGCUGCUGAAGGCAGCUGGCCUCCUCAACAGGUGGCGCUUGCGGCAGGUGAUCGAGGAGAUAGCGAUGUGAGCAUUACAUGGAUUACAGAUGAUCCUCGAGACGACAACGCAUCUUGUGCUCAAGUGACUCAAGUGGCAGUUGCGACCAUCCAGGGCAUCUCCCAAGCAUCGGAGGUGCAAAUGGUGGGGAAAUGCCUGAGAUAUUCCUUUGGAGCGGCACCUGAGCUAUAUGGCAACUACACUUCGGGACGAAUCCAUCGUGUCUUCAUCAAGGGAUUGGUUGCGAACAGCCAGUACAACUACACUUUGUAUGGAGAUCCCCCAAAUAGCACCAGGAGUUUCAAGACCUUGCCCGCCUCGCAGGGGCCAGCAGGUCCGACAGGGGACAGUCAGGAUCCUCGCUAUCCCUUUGUCUUUGGGUUCAUCGGUGAUCUUGGUCAAACCGAGCAUUCAAUCGAAACGGUCCGACAUCUGGAUGCAGACAAAGACAUUCGCAUCAUCUUGCAUGCUGGUGACAUGUCUUAUGCCGAUACCAAUGCUGCUCGAUGGGACAGCUACGGAUUGAAGGUGGAACCGUUGGCUUCACGGUUGCAGUGGAUGGUUUGCCCUGGCAAUCAUGAGAUUGAGAGCGACUACUACACUGGACAGAAUUUCCAACCCUAUGAAGCCAGGUUUGUUAUGCCAGCGGUUCAGCAAGCAGAGUUUUCUCCUUCUAAUGAGCAGAUUGGAUGCAAACAUCCUUAUCCCACGGUACCGCACACGGGGAAUGAUUGUACGCCUUCAGCUUUCACUGGUCAGUACGACUGGGGGAACUCUUUCUAUGCCUUCGAUGCUGGACCGGCACGAGUCAUUUCGCUCAAUAGUUAUGCGCAGACGCAUCCGUCAUCGGCACAGUACAAGUGGUUGAAGCAGGAGCUUGAAGCACUGGAGGCGAGGAGAACAGAUACUCCAUGGCUCGUGGUCAUGAUGCACUGUCCCUUCUACAACUCCAACAAAGCGCACCAAGAUGAACAACAGGCAACCCUCAUGAGGGAUGCACACGGUUUCGAAGACCUCUUUCAUCAGCACAAAGUUGCGGUGGUGAUCUCUGGGCAUGUGCAUGCCUAUGAGCGCUCUCACCCUGUCUACAAAAAUACAUCCCAGCCAGGAGCACCCACCUACCUCGUGGUGGGUGACGGUGGUAAUCGCGAAGGUCAUGCCAGCACGUACCUAGAUGAGCCGGGCUGGUCGGCAUUUAGGGAUGGCCUUUCCUUUGGGCAUGGGCGACUGGUGAUUGCCAACCAGAGCCACAUGCGCUGGGAGUGGUAUCGCAACGAUAAACAGCAGCUGCCCCGGGUGGAUAGAGUCACAGCUGUUCGUCGGGCUGCAGAACUUGCACACUCAAGCUUUGUGCCUUUGGAUGCACAGUGGUAUCAGCCACUCUCAGCACGAAAAGUGGAUGAUGAUGUUUGGAUUUUGAACCCCUACAAGAGUCAAGUCCAGCACAAACCCCUCAAUGCCAGUCUGCUGAUGGUGGGACUCGUUGCUGCCGUUGCAGUCCUUGCUGUGGCAUCCGUGCUCCUGGUGAAACGAUGCACGAGGCGGCCCGCACCCUGUGAGACCGAAAGUGCGGAGAUGGGAGUCGCACAAUCAGGUUAAGGAUGAUUAAGGAGGUUGAUCAUCUUAGUUGUUUCAAUAUGUACAUAGUUUGAGUCUCAGAAAAGAGAGCUUCAUCUGAAAAUUUCGUCAUCCAGAUUUCAGUGCAUUUGUGCCUGUAUGAUCCUGUAUGAUGAUUCUAGACCCAUAUUUUGCUUCGCGAACUGAGCUGCCAACUCAAUGGAUUGGUAAGUUGCUCACAUUCAGCGCCCGCCCUGCACCGCAAUGGCG